AUGAGGAUGAGUCAGGAGACAUUGUCGAACCCUGGACCUCCUGCAUAUAACACCUUCCAGGCAGGUGAAGGCACCUCGGAGGAUGAGCUGGAAAUGGAGACUCCAACAGACAACCAGGAUCCUGAGAGCUCAGGGAGAGACAACAAAAGGAGCAGAUGUCACAGACUGACUGCAGUGUAUGUGCUGCUCCUGUUGGUGUGUGUGGGUCUCCUGGUCGCUAUCAUGGUGCUGUCGAUCAAAUACAUUAGUCUGACCACGGAAAAUAACCUGAGUACCCUGACCAUGGAGAGAGAUCGGUUGCAGAUGGAGAGAGAGGAACUCCAGAGGCUUUCUAAACAGGGAUGGAUGUAUUUCGACUCCAGUCUUUAUUACAUCUCUACUGAGGAGAAGAACUGGAAUAACAGCAGACAGGACUGCAAAGAGAGAGGAAUAGACCUGGUGAUCAUAAACAGCAAAGAGGAACAGACGUUCCUUCAUAACGUGCUGUGUGGCAGAAGAGCCUGGAUCGGUCUCGACAGGCAGGUCGAGGGCCAGUGGACGUGGGUGGAUGGUACCCCAGAGAGCGUUGGGUACUGGGGGAGUGGAGAACCCAACAACUUGGAAGGAAAUGAGUAUUGCGUUUUAACUGGUGAAAUGCCUGAUCCCGUCUACAACGGGGCCGACUAUCCCUGUGAUUAUGAGUUCACCUGGAUCUGUGAGAAGACUAUAUUUAACUGAAACGCUAAUCGCUUCUUUAUAAAUGGUGACCCUACAUUCUCAGAAAUAAAGGCACCUUUCUGUACUUUUCCCUGUUUUUUGGUGUGAGUAGACUACAUCUUUCAUAACCUUGAUUGAUAUAUUUAACCUGGUAGUCUGGAUAUCAUUUCUGAGCAUUUCUCCAUCAAAACCACUUCUUCUACACUGAGGAGACAGUUUCAGCUCAGGGUGUGUUUAGGAUUGUAUACGGUUUGUGGGGUUAUUUAGUGCUUGGGUGAGGUCAUGGAGAUGAUGAAAAGCAUAAGCCAACAACCUGGCAUUGAUUAUUUUCCUAUAACAGCAUGUCUGGAAGUGCCCUGAAGUCCUAAAGCUCCGAU